AAAGAGAAAACAGAGUAAAACUCUGCCACCAGAGAAGCUGAGAAGAAAGAGCCUUGAGACAACACUGAACCAAAUCCCUUUCCUUUACCUUCACGCCUCCAUUAAACCCCCCUCUCUCUCUCUCUCUCCUCUCUCUCUCUCUCUCUCUUCAUCCAUUUCUUUUCCCUUUCCAGAACAGGGGAUCGAGCCAGAAGCAGAGCAAAAACAGAGCAAUUUAUUUUGUUUUCAACUUUGAUGGGUUCUUCCAACGAACAAGACGAAGAUCAUCACCAACGACAACAACGAAAAUGCUUAUGGGUUAAUGGGCCUGUAAUCAUUGGUGCCGGCCCAUCAGGAUUAGCCGCCGCAGCUUGUCUCUCACAGAAUCAAAUCCCAUCGUUGAUUCUCGAGAAAUCCGAUUGUAUCGCUUCUCUCUGGCAAUAUCGAACCUACGAUCGUCUCAAACUUCAUCUCCCUAAACACUUCUGCGAGCUUCCUCUCAUGGGUUUCCCUCAAAAUUUCCCAAAAUACCCUUCUAAACAUCAGUUCAUUUCAUACAUGGAAUCCUACGCUUCUCAUUUCUCAAUCCACCCCCGGUUCAAUCAAACCGUUCAAUCCGCCGAAUUCGACUCAGUUUCCGGCUUCUGGAAAGUCUCCACCCAGGAUUCCGACUACAUUUCACGGUGGCUCGUCGUCGCCACCGGCGAAAACGCAGAGCCGGUCGUUCCAGAGAUUUUAGGAAUCGAGCGGUUUACACGAACCGUGGUUCACACAAGUAUGUACAAAUCCGGUUCGGAAUUUAAAAACCAACGGGUUUUAGUCGUCGGGUGUGGGAAUUCCGGUAUGGAAGUUAGCUUAGACCUCUGCAGACAAAAUGCCAUCCCCCACAUGGUCGUUAGAAACACAGUUCAUGUCUUACCUAGAGAAAUGUUCGGAUUCUCGACGUUUGGUAUAGCCAUGGGACUAUUAAAAUGGCUACCAUUAAGACUCGUCGAUAAGAUUCUUCUCUUAAUAGCAAACUUAACUCUCGGCAACACCGACCAAUUGGGUCUACGUCGACCGAAAACCGGUCCAAUUGAGCUCAAAAACGCCACGGGAAAAACCCCGGUUCUCGACGUCGGCGCUCUAUCUCAAAUCAGAUCAGGAAAAAUUAAGGUGAUGGAAGGAAUAAAGGAAAUUACGAGAAAUGGAGCAAAGUUCAUUGAUGGACAAGAGAAGGAAUUUGAUUCAAUAAUUUUGGCAACUGGAUAUCGAAGCAAUGUGCCCAGUUGGCUGAAGAUGUGUGAUUGUUUCUCAAAAGAUGGUAUGCCAAAAACCCCGUUUCCUAACGGAUGGAAAGCUGAGAACGGGUUGUAUACGGUCGGGUUUACUCGAAGAGGGUUGCUCGGGACUGCGUCGGAUGCUAUGAAAAUCGCUAACGAUGUCGCCCAGCAAUGGAAGGAUGGGAAGAAUUGUUCUAAUUCAUACGUGAUAUUCCUUAAAGAAUCCGAAUGAAGAUGGAAGUUUGUUGUGGGGAUUUUUAUAAUUAGUAGAUUAUAUGGAGGGUAAUUAGCAAAUAUUCUUCCACCUAACCAAAAAUAUUGUAAUUUUUCUCUUUCUUUCUCUUCUUGGGGUUGAGUUGUAAAUGUCUCAAUUUUGCAUG